AACACAUUCCUGUUCCACAGCGAGAUCAGGUCAAGAGUUUUUCAACUCGCAAACCUUCAUGUAGAACCUUAACAUGAGUCCUGCUCGGCCAAAGUGGAGUCCUCCAGAGUUCAGAAUGAUCGUGGUGCUUCAGUUCAUGGCCUUCGUCCUGGCGCUGGUCUCCACACUCUUCCUCAUCGUGGCCACCUGGACGGACUGCUGGAUGGUGAACGCUGACGAUGACCUGGAGGUCAGUCAAAAGUGCAGGGGGCUCUGGUGGGAGUGUGUGACCAACACGCAGGACGGGAUUCGAACCUGUGACCAGUAUGACACCAUCCUCGCCGAGCACCCGUUGAAGAUCGUUCUGACGCGAGCUCUGAUGAUAACGGCGGACAUCUUGGCCAGCUUCGCCCUCAUCAUCCUGGUCCUGGGGCUGGACGUCAUCAAGCUCCUGAGGGAGGAGCCGCACAUCAAGCUGAGGAUAUGCUACUUCGCCGGGUUCAUAUUUGGGCUGGGGGGGAUCCCGGGGAUGAUCGGCUCGGUGUGGUACGCCGUGGACGUGUACGUGGAGCGGGCCACGCUGGUGCUGAAGAACGUGUAUUUGGGGAUGCACUACGAGUUCGGCUGGUCCUGCUGGCUCGCCAUGGCAGGCUCCACCGGCUGCUUCCUGGCCUCCAUAGUGCUCACGUGCUGCCUGUAUAUCUUUAGAGAUGCCAGAUCUUCACAGUACCACAGGUCCAUAUACAAGUACGGCAGAACUGCAGCGGGUAAAAAAUACGCCAUGGAUUCCCGCGUGUGAGGGACAGACUGCCUGCUGUGACCGGAGACGACCACAGGGAGGCGACAGAGAGACGCAAGCGAGCGAGGGAGGGGGAGAGGGGGGGGGCUCCAUGGCCCGGAAAAGUGUGAUUGUGAUGUCAUAAAGGAGCAAGCCAGCCUGCAAAGAGGGUCCACCACAUUCCACCUGGACUGCCUACAAGGUUAACAUCGUGUCAUUCAAAUUCAUAGAUGGGUUUUUUUUUUUUUUUAUCAAAAAAGGUUGAAUUAUUUUUAAUUUUACUUUAUUUAUUUUUUUGCGCUCAAAUAAAUUUCAUGGACAUUUAUCCUGCACAAGUUGGGGAAGCGUAAAGACAACAAGUUCCCCCAUUUGUUAAAAAACUUUUUUUCAGCUGAAAAACCUGAAAUCCCAGCCCAGUUUUACAAUGUACCACGUUCCUCUAAGGAUCAAACACCAAGACAAUCAACCGCCAACCAGCAUAUUGUAUCAACACAUACAGUAUGUACAACUUCUUAUCUGACAACAUGAACACUACAUAUGUAAUCUUGGUGAGUGACUGAGAUCAGUAACACAUAUUGUCCAUUCUGAUGUCAGAACAAAAUGUCAGUCUAGUAAACAGCCAACGUCACUACUAUCAACCGUUUAUCAGCAAUGACAAAACCAAAGUGCGACACUCCUUAUCCAUACAAAGAAGACCAGCUCCGCAAAUAUUCUUGUGUAUGUAUUUGUUGUUUCGUUUUGUUCUUAUUUUCAACAGCCAUGUAAAAUUAGUAGUUUUGUUAGGCAUAUGUGUUUAAUUAGACGACAGCUAUGAAAUAAAAUAUUGGAAUAUUUAUUGACU